AUGGGUAACAGCGUCAGGUGUUGCCUGGCUUGCGUUCUCCCCUGCGGAACCCUAGACGUGGUCCGGGUCGUCCACCUGGGCGGCCGCGUGGAGGAGUUCAGCCGGAGAGUAACCGCUGGCGAGGUUCUCAGGGGGAACCCCGGACACGUUUUGAGCAAUCCUUGCUCUCAGGGAGUCCUCCGGCGGACCCUCAUCUCGUCUCCGAGGUCUGAGCUCCGGCGAGGAAGCAUAUACUUCCUGAUACCGGAGGCGUCUCUCCAGCAGGAGAGGAGGAGCAAGGCGAUGAGGAGAACCAACCGGAGGAAGGCUUCCAAGAAGGCCGCGGGCGCCUCGGAAGCUCUUCCGGCGGCGAUUCCCUUGGAGAGGAAGACCAAUGCAGCUGGCGGCGGUGGAGUUUCGCCGGCGGAGAAGGAACCCGCCGUAGCCGGAGAAGGUCUUUCGACGGUGGCUCACGAGGAGAGGAAGCCGGCUUACCGGCGGCACCUGUGGCGGCCGCGUCUGGAGAGCGUCUCGGAGGAAGCGUAA